GCCCCGGUGUAGUAGCGGGGGCGGCGGCCGGGGGCAGCGCGGCUCCUUCCCUUGUUGUGUGUGUCGGUGCCUCCUCGCCAUCUUGUUGCAAAGCCUUUUCUUGUCGGCGGGACUCCCGGGGACCGCGGGGCGGGAGGCAUUAGAAGAGAGGAAGAGAGGGAGGAGAAGGAGGGAGGCAGUGCCGCCUUUUUUUUGCAUCAAAUUUUUUUUUAAUUUGCAAAUUGUAUUUUGCAAAUAUUUUGGGAGACAUUGAUUUUUCUCCCCGUGCUCCCCCGUUCUUCCUUGCGGAGUGCACUGCGCCGCCCAGCCCUGUCGCCCCCCGGAGGUGAUCCCUCCCUCCUGCCUGCCCGCCAGCCUGACCUGUGCCCAGCUUGCGGGCCGCAGUCUCGGCCCAGGCGCACCCCCGGCAGCUCUCGGCGCGAUGAGCAUAGAGACGCUACUGGAGGCGGCCCGCUUCCUGGAAUGGCAAGCGCAGCAACAACAGAGAGCACGUGAGGAGCAGGAGCGGCUUCGCUUGGAGCGGGAGCGGGAGCGGGAGCAGGAGCAGAAGAAGGCCAGCAGCCUGGCCAGGCUGGCCCAUGCCCUUCCUGUGGAGGAACCCCGAAUCGAGGCACCACCCCUGCCUCUGUCACCACCGGCACCCCCACCGGCACCACCACCACCACUUGCCACCCCCACCCCACUGACUGUCAUUCCUAUUCCAGUAGUGACCAACUCACCUCAGCCUUUGCCCCCACCCCCACCACUGCCUCCUGCAGCCCAGCCUCUGCCCCUGGCACCUCGGCAGCCAGCCCUGGUUAGCACCCCUGGACUCAGCAUUAAGGAGUCUGCUUCCUUGCCCACCAGGCCACAGGUGCCAACCCCUGCUCCCCUACUGCCAGACUCUAAGACCACCCUUAACGCCACCGGCAGCCCCAAGCCUUUGCAGCCCCUCCCCACACCCAUCCUGACCAUAGCACCACACCCCGGAGUCCAACCCCAGCUGGCCCCCCAGCAGCCACCCCCACCCACUCUUGGGACCCUGAAGUUGGCACCAGCUGAAGAAGUCAAGUCCAGCGAACAGAAGAAGAGGCCUGGGGGGAUCGGAACCAGAGAAGUCCACAACAAAUUGGAGAAGAACAGGAGGGCCCAUCUGAAGGAAUGCUUUGAGACCCUGAAACGCAACAUCCCCAACGUGGACGACAAGAAGACGUCGAAUCUCAGCGUACUGCGGACGGCGCUGCGGUACAUUCAGUCCCUGAAGAGAAAGGAGAAGGAAUAUGAGCAUGAGAUGGAGCGGCUGGCACGGGAGAAGAUUGCCACGCAGCAGCGGUUGGCGGAGCUCAAGCACGAGCUAAGCCAGUGGAUGGACAUGCUGGAGAUUGACCGCGUGCUCCGGCAGACGGGCCAGCCUGAGGACGACCAGGCCUCCACCUCUACUGCCUCUGAGGGUGAGGACAACAUAGACGAGGAUAUGGAGGAGGACCAGGCUGGCCUGGGCCCACCUAAGCUGAGCCAUCGUCCCCACCCGGAGCUGCCGAAGCCACCGCCCAGCACUGCCCCUGCGCCUCUGCCUCCCCACCCACACCCCCACUCCCAGCCUGUGGCCCUGUCUCCUGCCCACCUCCCCGGGCAACAGCCCCCUCCACAGCAGAAGACACCUCUGCCAGCCCCUCCUCCCCCACCAGCUGCCCCUGCCCAGACGCUGGUGCCCGCUCCGGCCCAUCUGGUGGCUGCAGCUGGGGGAGGCUCCACGGUCAUCGCCCACACGGCCACUACCCACGCCUCAGUCAUCCAGACUGUGAACCACGUUCUCCAGGGGCCAGGCGGCAAACACAUCGCCCACAUUGCCCCCUCGGCCCCCAGCCCUGCUGUGCAGCUGGCACCUGCCACACCCCCCAUUGGCCACAUCACAGUGCACCCUGCCACCCUCAACCACGUGGCCCACCUUGGCUCCCAGCUGCCCCUAUACCCACAGCCUGUGGCAGUGAGCCAGCCCGUGGCGGUGAGCCACAUCGCUCACACCCUCUCGCACCAGCAAGUGAACGGCACAGGCGGGCUGGGGCCUCCUGCCACCGUCAUGGCAAAGCCAGCCGUGGGGGCUCAGGUGGUACACCACCCCCAACUGGUGGGCCAGACAGUGCUCAACCCUGUGACCAUGGUCACCAUGCCCUCCUUCCCAGUCAGCACACUCAAGCUGGCUUGAGGAUGAGGCCACUCAGAGGCCCCCAGUGGGGGCAAAGAGGGGGACCUGUCCCCCACUCUCCCACCAGCUCCACACAUUCCAGCCAGGCCCACCCCACCCAUACCCACCCCCAGGCCUCCUAGGGGAAGGGGGUGCAGAGACUCUGAGCCAGGGGAGGGAGGGGCCACCCCAGGGAGCUGGGCACAGGGCAGGGGGUUACCCCACUGCACUACGACUUGAUAAAAUGAUGAGAGACGCUCUGGUGGACUUGCUGCCUGUCCGGCCUGGUGCCGUUCCUGCCUCCCCAUCCUGUCCCCCGAAACCAGUGUGAUGUGAAACGUCUCCCUCCCCUGCUGCCUUCCUGUGCUGCUGCUGCUAUUGCUGUCUGGUGAGGUGGCUGAGCGCCCGGGCCCUCCCCUCCCGAGCCUCAGCCUUCUCUUCCCAGGCCUUUGGAGGGAAAAGCGGGGGAAGCUGAACUGAAGCAACUUGGUGCAGAAAGUUGGGGACCACUGUGAGCCCCGCUCUGAGUACAGGUGACAGGUCCUAGGACGUGGCUGGUCUGGAGUCUUACCCAGAGAGGUGGGUGCCCUAGCUUGGGGCUCUGCGACCCAGUUGCAGUCACUGUGAUUCCUUACAGCAGAAACUGGUUAAGAUGAUUCUCUGUCAACAGUAAACCAAACCCAAACUGUUGCCAAGCUUCUGAGCUCCCCCUCCCCCCAAUCCUUGCCACUGGGCUCCUGACCUCAGGAGGACAGGCUGAGGAUGGGGUGGGUAAGGAGGGGCUUGGCUGUCCCCAUCUUUGCUGUCACCGCCCCCCCACCUCCCCCAGCCUGGGUCUGAACUGAGAGAUGUUCUGGACCCCUGUCCCCGUCCCUGGGUGUCUGUUGGCUUCCAGAAGGCAGAGAAAGGGUGCUAUCUGGCGUUUACUCCCGACUCCCUGGCCUCUGCUCAGUGCUCUGCGCUCCCCCAAGGGGUGGGUAUGCUUGGGUGCCUCAUCCCGCCUGGGAGACAUGGGCCGGCAUCUGUCUGGGUUCCAGGAGCCUGAAGCCACACUGCUGAGGCAAUCAGGAAGUUAAACUCUAGGGGUUCCAGUAAAGCUCCCAACCUUUUUCCAAACAGGCUCUGGGGUCCCAUAGCGAGGUAGUAGGGCCGGACUGUUGUAGGGCUGCUGCUUCUGCCCCCUAUUUCUCUGUCUCACACCGCCUUUCUCCAGUGGGCUGUUUGAGUGUACCCUUUCUGGUGGGGGCUGUGGUGUGCCACCGCCAUCCCCUGAGGAAAGGUCCUUAGUUGGGCCGAGAGCAGGGCCAAGCUUGGGGUGGGAAGGCGCGAGGGGGCCUGGUGUAGGAGAUGCUGCUUUCCCUGCCUCUGCCUUGGCAGACUGCUUUGGCUUCUCUUUUUAUGUGGGUAUUUAUUACAAGUGGCCUUGUGUCAGACACUCAGUUACACACACGUGCACACUUGGCUCCCCACCUGGACACACUCACUGAUGGCCUUUCAGUGUGGGGGAAGGAAGCGAGUGUCCCUAGGUGUGAAGUUUGCACUGACAGGCUGGGGGGUGGGGUGAGUGUAAGGGCCCAGGAUCCUCUGGAGUGGCUCCAGCAGAGGUCUUGAAUAGAUAUAGAUGCCUAAGAACUCCCUGUGGGUUUGUUCCUGAUCCUGGAGACCUCCCAGGGGACUGUUUUCUUCUCAUUUCUCUCUCCUGGGGAAAGGGAAGGCCUAUCCAUGCCUUAGAGGCCUCCAGGAGGGAAUCCCAUACCACCCCACAGCGCUCCCACCUUCCAAGCUUGCUGCCUUCCUGCGCCUGCAGCCACCACCACCACCACCCUGGUUCUCCGGGGAGCCAGUUUCACUCUUCCCAGUGUGAUUACAAUGGAAAAGCAGAGGGAGAUGGGCAGGCCUGGCACCCAGGGAACAGUCAGAGAAGCAUUGAUGAACCUGCCUCGGCUCUGUUCACCUCCCUGCAUCCCAAGGCCGGUCCAGAGUUGAAACUUGUCAGCCAGUUGCCCCUUGGGCCUGCACAGAUACCUCAUCCGCCCGCUGCCCCCGACCCUCCCGGCCCCCAGCAAGGGGGCCUCCGAAUCUAGUGCCGAAUGACUAUGUCCAGAUUGGUGACGAUGGGUGUUGUAGCUGUUUUUGUUGUCGUUUGUGAAUGCUGUGACGCUGUGUGCCCUAGAGGGCAGCUGCCGCCCAGCCCUUCCUUGGGCAUCUCCUCUCAGAGCUGUCAGGACCACAUCUGUCCUCGCCCUGUGGGACCGCCUGCCCCUCCCCUCCCUAGCCCUUCCAGCCUGGGGGACGCGCAUGUGCGCGCGUGCACACACACAUCUUACCUCUCAUGCGUGUUUUACUUUUUGAUGUUCGGAGUGGCUCACUGGCUGGGAGUCUUUACCUCGGGGAGAAGGGGGAGUUGGUUCCUUGGUGGGGGGCAAAGAAGGGCAGGGAAUACCUGGAGCGGAGCUAGGGGUCACCAUAACCCCUGCUCUCUCCAGGAACAGCUUCUUCUCCCCCAUCCCAGGGUCCCACCCCCACCCCCCCCAAGAGGUGGCCCUUGUUUACAGUGAGGACUCGGUCACUGUGUCUCCGUUUCCUGAAAUAUAAACUGUAGUGACCCCAGACUAGAUUUUUAUGUGUUUGGAUACAUCUGCUGUGUGGGGG